UGUUUAAUAUGAAGUGAUACGGAACUGGUCAUCGUACUGUAUGUUGUAUUUUGUUGUGGAAGUUGGCCAAAGGUCAGCUAUCAAAUGUUGAUUAGUGUGAAAAGGCACCCUUCCCAUGAAUGAUAAAUGACGCGUCAAAGACCAUAUCCGUUGGUCAGCUUGCGAGUUUGGCCUCAUGUACGGGACGCUCGUAUAACGAGGGCAUCGGUGAAGGUUGAAUGAACCGGGCCUGUCUCAGCUAGAAGGUAAGAUGGCAGUUUUUUAGGUCUAUCUGUAUAAUAAAUGCGUGGCGCAAAUUUUCUAGAAGACAGGGACGGGAUCGUCCCCGUAAUAGGACGGAUUUCACGACCCUCCCAUUCUUAAAGGAUGUCGAUCACCCACUUCUUUUUUAUUGUUUAUAAAUGAAAAUACAGCGGGUUUUUUUGCAAAAAAAAAAAACAACUUCAAAAUAACAAUUUGCGAAUGAAGUCUGAUAUGUUAUUGACAAUAUUUGAUUGAAAAAAUCUUGCUUACUUGCCUGAUAAUUAGCCGAUGGAAAUUGAUGCCAUUUUAUGCUCCCGCCAUUGAGCGGGAGCAUAAAAUGGCAGCGUGAUUGGCUUUCUUUAAAUAGGAAGAUCAUCAUAUGUAUUGCCCAGUGCGGUGUGUGCAUUUGAUCAGAUAUCAUUUGCGUCACGAGAAAAGGUCUCUGAUGACAUGAUCUUGUAGUAUUUAUUUUGAGUCAGUUUUCACAUGCUGCGAUUAACAUGGGCUUAAAUAUUAUUUUGUAUAUUAUAUAUAGCAAUCAUAACUGCAAAUCUCUUAUGCAGACGCAAGUUGAUCUGGGUUAUUUUUUAGUGGUAUCGUCCGGGCCCUUCUGUUGUUGUUUCUGAUUUUCCGUUCUUUUUUUGUUAUCGUUGUUUUCGUAUUGUGUCCUCCCAAACAAGCACAAACUUUUGGGCAUUUUCUUAGCACAAGAGCACUGCUAUAAGGUCAUUUUGUGGAAUCUUUUUCCACAGAGUGAAGCACAAGUCAACACUGUUGAUGGACUUUUUAGCCUACUAGUGCGGCGAGGAUAUUUUAGUAAAAAGAACAAGUGAUUCUUGUUUUACUAAGAUAAGAAACUGUUGUCUUUUUACUUUAAAUCUAGCAAACUUGUGAAUAGGCCCAAAAUCUGGUGACACCCGAAUAAGUUGAAAUCUUGAUCCUUCACAGCAUCUCAGAAGCAGGGAUCUAUCUCCCGCAGUUAAUCAUGAAUUAAUGUAUCGCCACACACCGUUCAGUAUCGGCCGCGGAUACGCAUUAUCCCUUAGCGCAGCAUGAGCUGGGAUUUGUGUCCGCUUGUGGGAGACACCGCAAAAGAACCCCCAUUACUAUCAUAAACUUCCAAUGAAUGCACGUAAAAUUUAUCUUAUAGAUAUUUAAACCACUAAAAAAAUUAAAAUCACUGGCAGUUUAAGAAAACGUGAAUUUUCACGCAUACAGAUUUAACGCACGCGAGUUUUCACGCAAAUACAGAUCACGCGCGUUUCCACGAUUUCAAAUCACGCUUGCAGUUAACAAUCACGCAAGUUUUUACGCUUCCAUUUUUAGAUAUCAUGGAAUGUUAUCAAAGUGGAAAUACAGAUGAGCAUGCAAUACCUAAACAGCGGUAUCACUAUGAUGACGUAUUCAAUCAUGUGUGUUCCUGUGGUAAGCGACAGGUAAUUGGUUAUCUAGUGCUGUGCAUUCUGGGAUGGCCUCAAGGGGCGCAAUUUUCGGCCCUUGUGUUUGCUAUGGGGACCCCCGAACACUACUGCGCCACACCAAACGUCACGUGUUCUUCCAGCGAAUGCUGUGGUAACUGCACCGAGUAUGCAUUUUCUGACUCAAUUACGACUACAGUUUCUAAGUGGCACCUUGUGUGUGACCGCGCGUACCUGGGCGCUACUCUGCAGUCCUGUUUCUUUGCAGGCAUGCUCGUGGGCUCAUUAAUCAGCGGCGUUGCGUCGGAUACGUGGGGACGCAAGGAAUGCUUGCUUGGAUUCUAUACACUAAUGGUAACAAUCAAACUCACAGCGCAAGGCAAGCAGUUUGAAAACGAGCUGCUUGAGGGAGGCAACGACAGCGUUGACCGAGUGCUUAAACUUAAACAAGAGGUAAAAAACCUGAAAAGAAAACUCAAGGUUUACAAAGAUGUUCCUGCAGAGGAUCAGCCCAGUCCAGUGUCACAACAAAAGCAGAAAAUUAAAUAUCUGUCAAAGCCCCUGGAAGGGGUGAAGAGGCUCCUGUCAAACCUCUUUACCGAAGAAGAGCUCAUGCGGUGCACACUGAAGGGGAAGGGAAGGACCAGCAACAAGAUGCAGAUAAUUUAUGGUAAUUCACAACAGUGCGAGAAAUGCAGAAAGAAUAUCGCACAGCUUCUUGCAGGACUCUUCUCAUCUCUGAUCGACUCUCCUGCUGUCUUCGCCUUCUUGCGGUUCCUUGUGGGCGUGGGAGCCACCGGCUUUAUGUUAACCCGAUACUUGGUCAUAAUGGAGAUGGCGGGGCCUCGAUAUCGCACGCUGCUUGGGGUGACAGACGACGCGUUUUUCGCCGUCAGCGGGAUGCUUUGCACCAUGGUGGCGUACUUCGUGAGGGAGUGGCGAACAUUGCUACUGAUUUAUACUUUCCCUGGAGUAAUAUUUCUAUUACUUGCUAAAUGGAUCCCUGAGUCUCCUCGCUGGCUGGUUGCCCAUGGCUACGUGGACGAGGCCCAUUCCGUCAUCAUGAAGUACGGACCAAAGAAAGGAAAAGAAUCCGUGGACUCGGCCGCUCUGAUGGACUUGAUACAGAACAUCCGCAAGGAUCAGAAAAAGGAAGAGAAAAAGGCUAGGAAAUAUACUCCCCUUGAUAUGCUAAGAGGGGAAAAGCUAAGAAAGUGGACCUUAAUUCUCGUCCUCCAAUGGUUCGCGGUGUCUCUUCUGUCAUUUGGAAUGUUCCUCUUCAUCUUACAACUCGCCGGUAACCUCUACCUGAACUACCUGAUCUCGGAUCUCAUCAAGUUAUUGAAAUUCCCGUUUGCCUGGUUCUUAUUACAAAGACUAGGCAGACGUCUUACGCAAGGAGUAUGCGCAGUUCUUUCCGCUUCAACUCUUUUCUUCUUGAUAAAUAUCUUUGAAGAUCACCCGCUGCUCUCAACGGGCCUCGCUUUGUUCGGUACAACUUUCCAAGAGAUCAUGUGGUCAGCGGUGUACCUCAGUACCGCGGAAUUGUUUCCUACUUUGCUCAGAAAUAUCGCCAUUUGCACGGGUUCGACGAGUGCUCGCAUAGGAUCAAUGCUGUCUCCUUACGUUGCUAUGACCGCAAAGUUACCAGGCCUCUCCCUUGCUUUCCCGGUCACUAUUUUCGGCGUGGUUGCUCUGCUAAAUGGCGCGCUCUCCUAUUGGCUGCCAGAAACGCUCUUCGCCAAGAUGCACCAGACAAUAGAAGAGACUGAAGCCGCUCAAGAUUAUUAUGGGAUACCUUGCUGCCAGAAACCUCGGGAUAGAUUGCUCGAAGGCGCAGGCAAUGUCGCAGGCAAUGUCGCAGGCAAUUUGAGCAGGCAAUGUGUACGCGAUCGGGACGGAUUUGAGGAGAUUGGUCCAGAGUAAUUUCAAGCCCCACCCCCCACCCCUCUCUAUAAAUAAGCCCCGUCUCUCUCUCAAAAAUCUGGCUAACUACUGGUUAGCCUAAGUAGAAGUGCCAAAAGGAACGGUCUUUCGCUCUCCCUCCCUUUUAGCCCCGCUACGAUGGCUAAUUCCUGCUUAAAGUGUCCGUCUAUAUAUUUGUGGAUAUAAACCAUAAAAUCUUUUAGCAAAAGAUUGCAGUGUUAAGUGCAUAUCUGGUACGCGGUAUAACGGUGAUCGCUGCCAUCUUCUUAUGGAUUGAGGUCUUUUACCGGAAGCGAGGCCUAGACACUGGUAGUUUGACGCUAUACGGUUAAUCAUCCUCCAGCUUUUUAUAUAAAUUAAGAAAUACUACACAAUAAAUGAAUAAAAUCA